GCAGCCGCCCAGAGCAGGCCACAGGGCUUUGGAGGAUUUGGGUCAGCUCUGCUAAGGGGGUGUCUGCCCAGCGCUUCCUGGAUCCACAGCCCCCCGGGGUUGGGCAGGGGGUCUGGACAGGACGGCAGCAGCUACAGCCAAGGCUUGGGAAGGCCCUUGUGGGCUGGGAGGAGCUACAGAGGCCCCUGCCAGCCUGUCACAGGCUCUCAGUGCUGACAUUGGCUCUGGCUUUCACACACACACACACACACACACACGCACACACACACACACACUGGCAGGCACCCCCUUGGUGGCCUCCUUCAGACUUGCAGGUCCUGCCUCCCAGGCUCAAAGCGGGCUCCGUGGGGGACACAGUGACAUGAGAGGCCCACCACAGACCCGCCUCCUGCCCUUCUCCUUCCUCUGCCUCCUCUCAAAGGUGUGUGCCCAGCUGUGCCCAACACCGUGUGCCUGCCCCUGGCCGCCACCCCGAUGCCCACUGGGGGUGCCCCUGGUGCUGGACGGCUGCAACUGCUGCCGGGUGUGUGCACGGAGGCUCGGGGAGCCCUGCGACCACCUCCACGUCUGUGACUCCAGCCAGGGCCUGGCGUGCCAGCUCGGGGCGGGCCCCGGAGGCCACGGGGCCGUGUGCCUCUGGGGAGAGGACGACGGGGGCUGCGAGGUGAACGGCCGCUGGUUCCGGGACGGGGAGACCUUCCAGCCGCACUGCAGGGUCCACUGCCGCUGCGAGGACGGCGGCUUCACCUGCGUGCCCCUGUGCAGUGAGGACGUCCGGCUGCCCAGCUGGGACUGCCCGCACCCCCGGCGGGUGGAGGUGCCGGGCCAGUGCUGCCCGGAGUGGGUGUGCGACCAGGCCGGGGCGCUGGGGGACCAGCCCCUCCUGGCCCAAGGACUCCAGGCUCCCGGCCUUGUGGCUCCCCCGCCGCCGCCACCACCACCGGGGUUCCCCUGCCCAGAAUGGAGCACGGCCUGGAGCCCCUGCUCCACCACCUGCGGGCUCGGCGUGACCACCCGGGUGUCCAACCUGAACCGCUUCUGCAGGCUGGAGACGCAGCGCCGCCUGUGUCUGUCUGGGCCCUGCCCGCCCGCCAGGGGCCACAGCCCCCUCCUCGGGGCCUUUUAGCGCCGGGCCCAACGGGCAGUCUCAGCUACAGGCAACCACCCACCGCGGGUGCUCCAUCCAGGCCCUGGAGGACAUAGAUGGGGGAUGCAUGCCUUAGUCCUGUUCCCUCUAACUCCCAGUCAGGGGCAGGGGGCGAGGGGUGGGGGCGGCUGACCAGUUUCUAGGGUCUUCUGGUCCAUUCCCAGCCUGCAUACAGCCUUUACCCAAGAUGCACGUGGGCUAGCUUGUCAGGAGAUGGGGCAGCCGUCUCUGCUUAACCAUGGGCUCAGGCAGGUACUGGGCUGCGCUGGCCAUUUUCCCGGGGUGUGGUGGCGAGGGGCACAGGUCUCCUGCGUCUCCCGCAUCCUCUCCUGUGGGCAUGCAAACACCUCCUGACCCUGUGCCAGUGCAGGACGCUGGGUGCCUGGCGCUGUCAGAAAGCCUUCCGCAUCCCGGGCAGAAUUCAGGGGCCGAACGCUUUGUGAAAAUCGCACCAUGAAAUCAUUUCUUAAACAAGCCAGAGAACAGGCCCACAAGCGCUCCCUGACUCAGCUUGCAUCGGAGAGCAUCCCCCCGCGCUGAGCCCCCGCACACGGCACCGAGCUAGGCACUUCGCACAGACCCGCGCUUUGCAAUGUUUUGGACUCGAGCAGAGCAGGGGAGCGUGUCCUCCGGGGACUGGGGAACACGAUCUGAAAUAAACCGACCCACGUGUGAAGCUCUGUCCGAA